CAAAUAUUGAAAGUUUUAUGAAAUUUAAAGCUUGAUGAGCAAUUAAAAAUUUGGUUCCUGCGCAUAACGUCAUCUAUGAUACCUAUGUACUUGUCUAAAUUAUUUCACUUCGAUACAAAGUUUUUAAUAUCCGCAAUUUUAAUAUCAUUCCUUUUUCCUUCCAGCAUUUGAAGCAUGUAACUCCAAAACCUACCGUUUUAAAAUAAAUCCCAAGCUUCAGGGAUGUUACACCAUUACAAUUACUCAACGUCAUUGAGUCAUUUUCUGAGUUACCAUCAGCUAGAUGACCGCCCGUCCGAUACAGACCAUCAAACCCAGAAUCUGUGCGAUGAGCUCCAAGAAGACGAUGAUAGAUGCAGAAGCAACUCUUCGGCCAGCAGCAAGUCAUUCACGAUAGCUGCCAUAUUGGGAUUGAAGAAUGACAACAAACAUUUAGGUAAAUCGGUACAUUCCCCUGCUGAUCUGAGUGUCGUGAACCUCUCGACGGGAGGAAAUCGCAACUCCCUCGCAGAUUGCACCAGGUUACAACUUCCGGUUCAUGUAUCCUCAGCAGGACCAGCCCCCGGGGGGCACUACGUCCCCGCCAACCCUUCUGCGGUGGGCCACCCAGCCAGGCACAAUGCAAGCUUAUUGGUCUUCAGCGGCUGUUCCUGCAUAGUAUGGUCAUCCCCAGUAAUUCCAAAACUAAAAUCCACGGAUCCAGAAGAGAACCCUUUGGAUGAACCAAUCACAUCAUUCGAAAUAGCCUUGAUAACCGGUCUACCAUCAUUUGUAGCUAUACUGGGCAACCUGUUUUUCGCCAAAAUGCCAAGCGCUAUCGGAAGAAAAAACACGCUGCUAUUUCUGUCAUGCGGCAUGCUUCUGUCACUUGUCAUUGUAUCAUUGGCUAGACAUGUUUAUGUUUACUCGGCAGCUUUGUGUUUUUUGUUUAUAUGUGUAGCUGGAGUUUACGUAGCGCUACCUUUAUACCUGAGCGAAAUAUCAGAGGACCAUAAUAGAGGUAGGAUAGUCAGUAUAAUGGGGGUAUUAAUGCCCUUAGGGAACCUGUAUGGAUACUUAUUGGGUCCUAUAUUUAGUGUACCAAUUUAUACAAUGUUUUUAGCUCUACCUUUAGUAAUACAAUUAAUUCUAGUUGCUCUAUUCUUACCUGAAUCUCCUGUGUUCCUAGUCACUAAAAAUCAAAGUACUGCAGCAUUAUUAUCAUUAAUUAAAUUAAGAGGUAAUAAAAAUGCAAUAGAAAUCGAUGAUGAUUUAAAAAAUAUCGAGAAUUCCCUAAAAGACACGCAAGAAACUUUAAAGAAAAAUGGUUUACUGGAUUUGUUCAGAAGCAGAAGUGUUAGACGGGCUCUAGUAAUAUCGUUGGUAAUAAAUAUGACUCAACAGUUGUCAGGAGUUAUCAGUAUCUUGAAAUUUUUAGGCCCCGUAUUUAAUGAAGUCAGCGAAAAUUUUUCCGGAAACAAUGUGGCUAUUUUAGUAGGUACUGUUAAGUUUGUUAGUUUCUUUAUUUGCUCGAUGGUCGUAGAAAAAGUAGGUAGGAGACCACUAUUACUGGCUUCCUCUUUAGGAAGUGGAAUAUCCCUUCUUCUAAUUGGUUUAUUCUUCUUCCUGAAACAUCGUACUUCUAUUCUUACUAGUAGUAUAACAUGGUUGCCGAUUUUAUUUGUUGUUAUUUUUAAUUUUAUGUAUGCUUUAGGAGUUGGAACUCUGUCGAUAACUGUGAUGAACGAAGUUUUUCCUACUAGUAUUAAAGCUAUUGGUUCUGCUUCUGUUUUUACAUUAUGUUAUCUUCUGGGAGCAUCGCAAGUAUUCUUAUUUCCAAUUAUUACUGAAAAUUACGGGGUGCAUGUUUGCAUUUGGAGUUUCAGUUUUUGUUGUUUUCUUGGAUUCUUUUCUAUGUUGGUUUUGUUGCCUGAGACUAAAGGGAAGAGUUUUUUGGAAAUUGAAGAAUUGUUGGGGAAGUAAGGAGUCCAUUUAGACAAUUUACGCUUUGGAAUCAAAUUUUUGACAGUACAGUUGAUCAGAUUAGUGAAGUUUGGAGGAUACAAAAUGCUGAGAAACUGAGAAAAAAUCAUGAAAAUUACGCCAGAAAACUUUUUUAUUAUGUGACAUGAUAUUUUACAAAAAUAUGAAAGAAAUGUUGAUAUGAGCAGUUAUUUAAGCAAGGUUAUCUUCUG